AUGCUUUUGGCAUCUCGUUCACCUUGAUCGCCAUUAAUUGUGUGAAAUCUUUAAGAGAAUGUCGAAGCCAACGUUGUACUACGCCCUGUUUAGCCCUCCGGCCAGAGCUUGUAUCCUCAUAGCCAAACUAAUUGGUCUGGACUUGGACCUUAAACCCGUUGAUUUUGCCAAGAAGGAGCACCUCAGCGAAGAGUUUAUUAAGCUCAACCCACAGCAUCAGAUUCCGGUGUUCGUGGACAGUGAUGGGGAGGUGUACGUCGACAGUCACGCCAUCGUGUGUUUCCUGGUAGCCAAGUACGCUGGAAACGACCAGCUGUAUCCGAAAGAUUUAAAAAGGCGAGCCCACAUCGACCAUCGCAUGCACUAUGAGAACGGAGUUCUCUUUCAGGUGAUCAAGGACAUUGUGGCUCGAAACAUUUACGGUGGAGAAGCAGAGUUCAACCCUCGAUCUUUGACCCUCUGCCAAAACGCCUAUGCCGAUUUGGAGCACUUUUUGCAGAAAGGUAGCUUUGUUGUGGGAAACGAGCUGAGCGUGGCCGAUGUGUCUAUUCACACUACUUUGGUGACUUUGGAUUUGCUUAUACCAGUGGAGUUGGAGAAGUAUCCACAGACCAAUAAUUGGAUGGAGCGCAUGAAUAAGCUGUUGCCGGACAACGAAGAAAUCAACCUUAACGGUGCACGGGCCCUGCAGACCCGCAUUCGGAAUUGCAUGGCCGAUAACAAAACCAAAAAUCAGUAGAUUGAUCAUUAAUCACGAAAUCUCCAUUCUGACAAAUUACCUUUAAGUGGUAUAUGGUAUUACUCCAAAUUAUACUCAAUCCUUACAGAGGAGGAUAUUAAACAAUUGUCAGUAAAACUCAGUCGAAAACUGUAAAA